CUGCGGUCACCGGGCUUUCCCCUCAUAACCAGUCUUACUCAAUAUAUAAAUCAUUUUGGGUGAUUUCUCUUCAAACUCAAAUUAAGGAGGGAAGGGGACACAGUGUGGAAUUCAUUUCUCAAAGAAAUCUGCAUUUGAAGGAAUGAGUAAAUGAGCUCAGGUCGACUCAGUUUCCGUUGUCAGAGUCUUCAGAGGCCUUUUUCUGAUGGCGUCCAACAUCAUCACCACCGCCGCCCCCCAGUCCUUCCUGCCCAUCAGCAUCUCAGCCCAGGUCGGCAUCGCCAUCCUGACUCUGGCACUUGUGCUGGGCUUCCCCGGGAACCUGUUUGUGGUUUGGUCUGUGAUCUACCAGGUGAAAAAGCGUUCAGUGACAUGUUUGUUGGUGCUGAACUUGGCUCUGGCAGAUGGUUCUGUGCUGCUCAGCGCACCUCUAUUCCUGCGGUACCUGGGGGCAGGCCGGGGCUGGGAGUUUGGCUCAGCCGCAUGCAAGCUGGUGCAUUACCUGUCAAGUGUUAACAUGUAUGUGUCCAUUUACCUCAUCUGCCUGAUGAGCAUGGACCGCUGGUUGGCUGUCACGAAGCCUUUUCUGUCCCAGAGGAUGAGGACCAAGCACACCCUGCUGGCGCUCCUGCUGGGCAUCUGGGUGAUAGCGUUCGUCCUGUCACUCCCGAUGCCUUUUUAUCGCAGUAAUCUGAAGGUGCUAAAAAGAAACAUCACUCUGAACAUUUGUAUGCCGUACCACUGGCAGAGCAAGGGUCACAGAGUCUUCCAGUACCUGUUCGAGACCAUCAUGGGCUGCCUGGUGCCGUUCUCCCUCAUCAACACCUGUUACACCUCCGUCGUCUGCCGCCUGCAAAGCGCAAUGUUCCAGCGCAGAGGACAAGGCAGCCGCCUCAUCCUGAUGAUCAUUUGUGCCUUUGCACUGUUCUGGCUUCCAUAUCACAUCGUCAACAUCAUAGAGGUGGUCGGCUUGUUGCAAGACAGCAAAUCGGUGAUCGACGCUGCUGUCAAAGCUCGUCCAAAUGUCACUGCCUUCGCCUUCUUCAGCAGCGCAGUCAACCCCAUCCUCUACGUGUUUGCCGGCAGCUCACACAUCCGCCAGGCCGGCCUGAGCUUCAUGGGGAAGCUGUUUGAAGACACCACCUCAGAGAGCAGAACCAUGUCGUCCUUCACCCGCAGCAGCAGCUCCAGGGACGAGCGGACCGCUCUGCACACGCUGUCAGGCAAACUAACCAAGACGUUCAAAAGCAAGAACAAGAAGCAGAGCAGCAGUGAGGCGGGACAACCGGCCGAGACUCCGGCUGCUGUCGAGCAGCUCGAGUAGAGAUCAGGUCUUUUUAUUCAACUUAUGACAAAUUCAAUGGGCUUUUUUGAGAGUAAACUUCAGAAAAAGAAUUAAAUUAAAUUGAAAUACAAUUGUUUUAGAGAUUCUAUUGUAUUGUUAUUCUGUUGUUACAUUAAUUAAUAUAUUUCUACAUGGAAUAAACAAAGGAGGAGGUGUC